AUGAAGGGUCCUGGCUCGCUUGUGUACGGCCUCGCCAUACUCCAGACCUUGGCGGCCGGUGCACGCAUUCCCGGAUACUUUUACCCACCCCCGACUACCCCAGUCGGAUUGGACGCGGCCCAGGUCCAGCGGGAGCUCGGUAGCCUGGUUUCUGACACCACUGCUAUUUUUGGACCGGAUGACAACCGCUACCAAAAUGCCACUGCAAGGUGGAACAAUUUUGCCAGGCCUCAAAUUCAAGUUGUCGUCCAGCCUGGAGAGGAAUGCGAUGUUUCAACUAUUGUUGAAUAUUGCAAUGAGAACAGCAUCGAGUUCCUAGCCCAUAACGGUGGCCAUGGCUCCACCCAUAGUCUUGGACAGUUCAACGGCAUUCAGAUCAACAUGGGGAAUCUCCGGAAUAUCACCAUCCAACCCAGCGGCGAAACUGCCUGGUUUCAGGGCGGCGUCCACGGCGGUCCAACCACACGUUACCUUUGGGAUCAAGGCUACGUCACCACCACCGGCUCCUGCGAUUGCGUCGGUCUGAUGGGCGCCAUACUUGGGGGUGGCCAUGGACGUCACGAAGGUCUUUACGGCAUGGGAAGUGACAAUUUGCGCCAGCUCAAUGUUGUUCUGGCCAACGGCACUGCCAUUCGCGUCAACAAAACCAGUCAUGGCGACCUUUUUUGGGCGAUGAAGGGUGCAGGUCACAACUUUGGUAUUGUUACGAGUUUCGAGAUGGUCAUCUACCCCCGAGGCCCAGACUCUUGGCACUAUCACAACUAUAUUUGGCGUGGAGACAAGCUCGAAGACCUGUUCAAUGCUCUCAAUGCCUUCCACGGCAACGGCACUACUCCCGUUAAUAUGACGACCAACUUUGGGAAUUUCCUAAUGAACAACACCAUAACUGAGGAAGAGCCCGUCAUCUUCUGGACUUUUGCCUACCGUGGAUCCGCCGAAGAAGCCGAGCAGCACUUGGCUCCGUUCAACGCCAUCGAGGCUGUUUACGAUGAAUCUGGCGAUGUUCCCUACCCGCAGAUCUCCGUGGCCCAGGAGACCGACGAGAAUGCCUUUAUCUGUCAGCGCGAUUCCGUCCGAAUCACAGCCACGGCAGGCCUGCAAGUGUAUAAUGUAACGGCCGAGCACCAGAUCUAUCAAGGUUUCCAGGACCGCGUCGCCAGCAAUCCCAGGCUCGCUGCAGGAGGUUCCAUUCUUCACGAAGGCUACUCGACCGAGGCUGUCACAGCCCAGGACCCUGAUAACUCGGCCUAUCCUUUCCGUGCUGACCACCACCUCAACCUCGUUCAGAUCAUCAUCCCUCCGGGCGACUCAAGCUUAGAACAGGCCGCCCAGAAAUGGGCCACAGAGGUCAGGGACCAAUGGAACAAUGGUCAACCAGGGCGGUCAAUUAAUGCUUAUGUCAAUUAUGCCAACGGCUUCGAGCCUGUCGAAAGCAUCUACGGCCACGAAAGAUGGCGCUUGGAGAGGCUCCGUGACCUUAAGGGCAGUUACGACUCUUUCAACCGCUUCCGCUAUUUCAACCCUAUCGUUGGGGGAGACGAGCGAUCGAAACAUUAG